AGUCGGGUGGUUCGGUGGUCUGAAGACGCUAGCUUGUGACGGGGAGGGAGAGAGGGAAGGCCUCCCUGAGGUUGCCUCUCCGUCCGCGCCCGGGGACCCGCGGAAAUAUCCCAACACCCAGGCCCCGCGGCUAGCCCCUUCCCCCGGAGCCUUCCCGCUCGAUCUCGUCACCGUUAUGUGGGAAGCGAAUCCGGAGAUGUUUCACAAGGCAGAAGAAUUCACAUCCAAAACAACAGAUAGUGAAAUGGAUGACAUGGACACGUCAGACACCCAGUGGGGCUGGUUUUACUUGGCAGAAUGUGGGAAGUGGCACAUGUUUCAGCCGGAUACCAACAUUCAGUGUUCAGUUAGCAGUGAAGAUAUCGAAAAAAGCUUCAAAACAAACCCUUGUGGCUCCAUUUCUUUUACUACUUCCAAAUUCAGCUACAAGAUAGACUUUGCAGAAAUGAAGCAAAUGAAUCUCACCACUGGAAAGCAGCGUUUAAUAAAAAGAGCCCCCUUUUCUAUCAGUGCUUUCAGUUAUAUCUGUGAAAAUGAGGCUAUCCCUAUGCCACCUCACUGGGAGAACGUGAACACUGAAGUACCAUAUCAGCUCAUUCCUCUGCACAGCCAAACACAUGAAUAUAAUGAAGUUGCUAGUCUCUUUGGGAAAACGAUGGAUCGCAGCCGAAUUAAAAGAAUUCAGAGAAUUCAAAACCUAGACUUGUGGGAGUUCUUUUGCAGGAAAAAGGCUCAGCUCAAGAAAAAAAGAGGUGUGCCUCAGAUUAAUGAACAAAUGCUAUUUCAUGGCACCAGCAGUGAAUUUGUGGAAGCAAUUUGCAUUCAUAACUUUGAUUGGAGAAUAAAUGGCAUACAUGGUGCUGUGUUUGGAAAAGGAAGAUUUGCUCUCCCAUCAUCUAGCCAGUAUGUUAAUUAUCUGGUACUUUUGAAAAAAUACGAAAGAAAAAGUGGCCUCCAUAUAAAAAGACAUACUGACUUUAAGGUUGGUUUUUUUGUUGUUUUGUUUUUGCCCAUUUCUCAUAGUCAUGUUGGUUAAAAAUUGAUACUGUUGCCAUUUUAACACAUCAAGGUGAAAGAUACCAUUCAAAAUGGAAUCAGCUGAGUUUCAACUAAUAGGGUAAUUCAGAAUCUUUAAAGUUUACAUAUGUGUUUUCAGAAUAAAUGGUCUUACUUCAAACAGAUUUAUUCACAUAGAUGUUCAAAAAAUAAAAAUGUAGACAGAAAUGUGUCCCAUUAGAGGAAUUGGUCCUUUAUGAAUUGAAUUCUGGUAAUAGUAUCUACCAGUCAACAUGUGGCUUUGGUGGUCUUCUCAGGGAGAGAUUUAAAACCCUGAAAUAGUCUGAGCACCUUGAGAGGAAUCACAAAAAAGAAUCAUUUGCAGUUCGGUCAGAUAAGCCAGAAGGACAGAAAUCUAGAUGGAGCACCCUGCUACCAGUCGCCUUAGGAUAGCAGGCGGCAGCCUCAGACUUGUCAUUCUGUCUCCGGCAGCAGACCGUAAUUAGCCUACACUUCCUCCACUGGGGCUCUUUAAUUCUUGCACCCGGACUUGCUGUGCAAGGUGUUUAUUGCAUCUUCAAAUGAAAUUUUUAUUAUAUAAAACACAUUUAUUUUUUUCCUUUGUUGUGGAGUCCCUACAAUGAUCACUUCUAAAAUGUUUUUAUUUGCUCCCCUACAAGAAUUCAAUGAUUUCUAAAAUUCACAUCUCAAAGUUGUAUUUUCCCAUUUUGAAUCAUUACAGAAAGCAGGCAAUGCUUGGAACAAAUCUUUUAUCCUUUGGAGUAGCUAUUUACAAUCUACUAACUGUUUUGAAAAGUUACAUAUUAUUCAUAAUCAUGCUUAAUGGAAGUUUCUUUACCUGUUCAAUCUGUUUGGCUACUCUAAGGAAGAAAGUAUUAUUGGAAGAAUUUCCUGCUACUAAAGGUAUUCAAGUAGAGGCAAGAUAACAACUUGGUAGAAAUGCUGUAUAGGAGGUCAAGUACCAGAUGGGGAAUUGCCCAUGUGGCUGUAAGAAGUCUUUCAAGCAUUGACUUUCCAUGAUUCUGCCUGGGAAAGAAAGCAUAUAUACCAAGCCUUUACAGAAAACCUUUUUCUAACUCUAAUACUGAUUUCUCUCUUCAUUAUCUUCACCUUGUUUUGGCUCAGUGUUAGUGAAUACGAUAUAACUUCUCCAUCAAAAUUCCAGUAAGUGUCCAUGCUGAUAUUGUUCACUUAAAUCAUUUGAAUUGGGAAGGCAUCUAGAAAUAAUCAAAGUACAGCAUUCAAUAGGAUUAGGGAUGGUAAUUCUUCCAAGUGCUGUAAAUCUUCAGAUUUCCGUUAUAGCUUACCACAUAUGUAAUUGUGCAGUGGAAAGUAAGUAAUCCCCAGGAAAUUGCAUGGACAGUACCUUUGAAACAAGGUGUCAGUAAAGAUUUCCUGACUCAUAUGUAUAGCCUAAUUGCAGGAUUUGGUUGAAGUGCUAUGAAUAUUUAGAAAGAGCACAUUUUAAAAACAUACAGAGAUCAUCAUGGAAAUAACAGGAGGCACAGUCACUAGGCUGCCUUGUGGAGAGGUGGCACACCAUACCAAAAAAUGUUAAAAUCAUUCCCCAUUCUACAUGGCUUUUUUUCCAAUUUAAUGUACAAACCUCUCUCUGCACUUGAAUAACUGUUGUAGCGUUUGGAAGUUAUUUUUCUUUUCUUUUAGAUAUGUGUGAUCUUAUCUCAAGGCAGAUUCUGAACUUACUUAGUUGGUUUAUAUGAAAUAUGGAGGGUACACUGCCGUAGCCAAUAUGAGAAAGCACUGUCCUGUUAUUUUUAUCUGAGAAUGUACUGCCAACUCUCCUUUUAUAAGAAAGAACUGGUUUUAAUACAUGUUUUAAAAUAUGAUAGUGUAGAUAGAGUUAAUGGAUGUUAAAAUUUUAUUUUUUUGUUUUAGUCAAUAGAUUGAGUUGAGAAUCGUAUGAUCAGUAUAUAAUCAGACUGGAUGCAACUAUUUGCCAUUUUUUCUUGUUGUCAUCACAUAGUGGCAGUGAGGAGAAUGAAUAGAAAUCACUCCACAACAAUGACAAUUGUUUUUUUCAAACUCUGUAUUGAAUAAAUUCCAUUUGAUGGUGACUUUUGUUUUUCACUGUGAUGGUAUCAGCCUCAGGGUAAAAAAAUGUGUUUAUAAAAAAACAGUUCAUAAAUCCUUCAGUUGUGAACAGGAAGGUUUUAACUAGUGCAUCAUUUCAUUUCUAGACUGUUGAUGGUGUUGAUGAUAAAGAAUUUGGAGCCAUUUUGAUACAUGAAUAUAUUGUUUUUACAUGUGGCGAUUAAAACUUUCUUGGUUAUCUGCGUAUACCACAUAUUUGUUUCUAUGUU